GCUUUGGGCUUUGACAGACAACGGAUUUUAUUUUGUAAAUGAAGCGUAAUUUUUAAAAAUAUUUUCUCAUACUUAUUGUUAGAAAACGGGAUUAUUUAGAUAUUUUGUAUUAUAAAUACCAUUAGGCAUCGUAAUUGUAUGUCACAUGUAUAACUUAUUUAAAAUUGUUUAUGAAUAAGGUUAGAACGACAUUGAAAUAAUUUGGUAAACAUGGAGCAGGAUAUAUCUUCGAAUACUAAUAAUAAAUCAGAAGAAACAAUAAAUAAAGACGAUGACAAGAAACCAUCAGUUACGUGUUCCAAUGUACCUGAAGGCUUAUUUGACACAUCUGCAGCCAAAAAACACUUUAGUAAGUUUGGUCGAGUGCAUAGGAUAAGACUUCUUCCCAAAAAACAAAUGUGUGUGGUAGAAUAUGAACAGCCAAGCUCAAUUCAGAGAGCAUUAUUAAAUGCAGGUGCCUAUGAUGGCUUCAUGUUUGACGUCACUCGGACUAAAGCACGAACUAGAAGAAGAAGCAAGAAGGAGGAUGAUCCUGAUUGGGUACCAGAUUCUGAUGUAGAAGAGGAAUUAUCUGCCAUGGGAGGAAUUUCCACAUACAGAAUACCAAGGCAAAAAGCCAUGGAAAUUGAUGCACCAAGUAAAGUGACUCGACUCAAAAAACAACCUUUUAUAAGAAAAAAAGAUGAGAAACAAAUUAAACCUACACCAGUGCAGCCACCCCCAGUGAGUGGCAGAGAGUCACCAGUGAUUGUAACUGCACAAACCACUUUGAGUACUACAGAAGCAGCGUUGGAGAUUCAUCAACUACGGUCUAAAGUAUCUCUAACACCUGAUGAAAAAUGGAGGAUAUUAGAUGCUCGGGACAGAAUACUCAGAUCUUGGGGUGGUGCUGGCUCAAGGGUUAAAGCGGGUGGUGCUACUAUCGGGACAUGUCCUGACAUGUGUCCAGAGAAGGAAUUGUUGCACAGACAAGCUGAACACCAGGUGAUGACACUAGAAACAAUAGCAGAUUCUGAUGGGCUGUUGGAGCCUUGGCGAGCAGUCAAACAAUACAGUAGGAGUUCAGCUGACCAGGAGAUACCAAUGUGCUAUGAAUUGCGACCUGCUUCAGUGCUAAUGCGGACUUGUGCCUAUUUAUUACACGAAAUUGCUGAUACUACACGACAGGUGGGCCUUGCUGAUUGGUUUCAUUUCAUGUGGGAUAGACUGAGAGGCAUUCGUAAAGAUAUAACACAGCAGGCUCUGUGUUGUGCAGAUACAAUACAUCUCGUAGAAAUGUGUGCAAGAUUCCAUGCUCACUGUGCGGCCCGUUUGGCGGAUCUUGAACACACGCAAUUUGAUCAAAAGUUGAACACAGACAAUCUAACCAAAUGUCUGCAAACUCUGAAGCACAUGUAUUCUGAUGUUAGUCCAGAGCAAAAACCAAGAGAAGCAGAGUUUAGGGGAUAUAUAGCACUACUUAAUCUUGGUGAUGCUAAUUUUUGGUGGGAGAUUAAACAACUACCCAAUGAGAUACAAAAAUCAGAACCUAUAAUUUUCGCCGUGAAGGUGUUUACAGCGCUAGACAACAAUAAUUACGUACGUUUUUUCCGCCUAGUUCGCGAUGAAGCAACUUACCUUCAAGCAUGUGUACUUUUGCGUUAUUUCAAUGAUGUAAGAGCCCGAGCUCUGGCUAGAAUAGUCAAAGCAUAUGCACCAAGAGGAGGUUCAAAAUAUCCCGCCAAUGAUCUGAUGAAUUCCCUUGCGUUUGAAUCAAUUGACAGUAUGAAGUCUUUUGUUAAUCAUUACGGCUUACGUUUCUCAAAAAAUGACUUUGAACUCACUUUAAUUUUAGACCGCAACCAAUUCAUUGAAGAUAGUGAUCCUUAUCCUAUAGCUAGAGCUCUCAAUCUUAUUGAAUCGAAGCAACAAAAAUCCGUAGCAGAAAUUAUAUCUGGCAGUACCUUACCAAAAUACGAUUAUAAAAAUCACGCCUUACAUACUAGUUUUAAUCCAGAUGGCAGAUUAAAAGAAUCCUCAUUGAUAGCUGAGGAUCUUGGUUACAACACUAGAAAUGAUAGUAAUAAAGAUAUAACAUCUUUAAGAAUGGAAUUACAAAGGCUUAAUAACAAUAAAAGUGGAAAAGGUGUGUUCAUUAUCGAUAAAGAAUUAGAAAAUAAAAAAAGUAUUUCUACCAAAUCCGAGUCACCAAAACCGUCUGUUUUCGUUCCAACUAAUAAAACUAAUGGCGAAAAAACGUAUUCUUUUCAACCAGGUAUUCCUAUCGAAUUGCCAGAAGUAAUCAAGGCAUCGCCAGAAAAACUAAUUGACAAUAAUGUUAAAAGCGCAUUUAGGUUUUCUGAGCCACAGAACACCGAGACAGCUAGUAAAUCAAACUUAUUUUUGUCUUCCAUUAAUAAAAAUGUAUGUAGUACCAGUUUUGUGCCUAAUAAUAAUAAUAAAGGUUUUGAAACGGUACAUAAAGCAACUCCACAAAAUAUCUUUAAAUCUAAUCAAAAUGAUACUGUUUUUAAAAAACCAUUAGGAGGUUCAGUGUUUUCUCAACCUGCAUUGCCCCAAGAAAGCGAAGGUAAAACAUUAAGCAAGAAUCUGUUUGCCAAUGCUAACACUAACGUUUUUGCUAAGAGAGAUGAUCUACCAAACAGAAACAUUUUUGCAAACACGCAGAGUUCCAGAUUAUUCAGCAAACCUGCAGACGCAAAUACCAAUAUAUUUGCCAAGACUAUAGCCGAAAAUAAGUCAAGUGAUCCAUCAAAUGUAUUUCGGACUUUCGCAAAUUCAACCAAUGAUACAAAUAUUUUUUCAAAAGGACUUGAUAAACCUACUUCAGUAUCAAACGGUGACACCGUAAAGUUAUCUCCAGGGACUUUAUUUAAACAGGCAAAUGAUCCAUUCAGUACUCAAAACAAAACAUUUUCUGUUUUUCAAAGUAAAACGGUAGCUGAAAAUAUAUUUAACAAACCAAAGACAACACAGGCAAAUGACAUUUAUGAGUUUCAUGAUAAUGAUUCAAGCAGCCAAAACGCAGAUCAAAUGCAACAACAAUUGAUUGAAAAACAAAUACAGGAAGAAGUGCGCAAGGAACAGGAGAAAAUACGAAUUGAGGAAGAAAAACGAAAAGAGUCAGAGAGAAAACAGGACGAAUUAAGACGGGAAGAAGAGAUACGUAAACAAGAAGAAGCAAGGCGUAAACAAGAAGAAACAAGGCGUAAACAAGAAGAGCUUAAAAAAAUUGAAGAAAUGCGUAAAAAAGAGGAACAAACGAAGCAGGAGGAACUUAGAAAAAAACUAGAAGAAGAACACCAAACAGAAUUAAAAAGAAAAGCUUUAGAACAAGAAAAGAUUUUUAAGGAAAAGGUAGAGAAAGAGUCUCGAGAAGUUCAUGAAGAGCUUUUACAAGAAAUAAGUACAGAAUCCGUUGAAAGUCUUCUAAAAGAGGAAAUGGAAAAAUUUAAAAAUCUUGUUGCAGAUGCAAAGAAAAUUACUGAUGAAAUACUCUCUGAACUGAUAGAGGAAACAUGUAAUGCUGAACUAAGAGCUGAAAUUUUCUGGACUAAGAAAGUUAUGAAGAAAUGGUUUCAUAUUUGGAGAAAACAAAUAAUUCGUAAUUUUAAAAGACGACGUCUUCUUGAAGAUACGCCAGUUUGGUUAACUGAUAAGACACCACUGCAAGAAGCCAAGUCUUUAAGAAGGCUGUCUGAAAAGGUGGCGUUGGCUCAAAUGAAUGCUUUCCACAGGGGAUAUAUAUUUAGUGGGGAAUUAAGAGAAAUUCCUCCACCACAGCCCUUCAAUAUUGUUGACAUAAUUAGAUCCCCACUUUUAAAACGUAUGAAAUACAUCAAUUAUCCCUAUGAUAAAUGCUUUUUCUGGAAAACUACAAUCGUGUCGCCUGGUGCAUCUAAAUGGUUUUGUAAAAAAGUAAACAUACAAAAGUGGUUACUUGAUGCAUUUGAACUAAAGGGAAGUGAAACAAUGGAAAAUUAUAUACACACAGAAAAACAGACAUGGAACAAUUUAAUGGACUUUGCUACAUCUAUAACUUUAAUAAAUCAAGAUAAUCCGCACAAUACUGGAGAUGCUCUUGAAGGCACCAAUGGAAUCAUAUUUUACAUGUGUAAUGAUGUAUAUGAUAUAAAGGGUGUAGAAAAUAUUUUAAAUCAAAAAUACCCCUACCAUAUGGUACCUAUUGCUAUUAUAACGACACAAAUAAAUAAUACGAUAUUUCAAAAUGAUCUUCAAAUUAAAUUAACCACAUAUGUCAAGACUAAUAUUAUAUCAGAUUUUAGGAUAUUUGUAAUUGAUUCAGCAAAUGUAGCAAAUUCUCUAGACGUUUAUACAAAAAGUGCACUUAAGUGGUUAGCUAAAAGAUGCCCAAAACCGCCACCACUUGAAAUUGAUUCCUUGAAAUCUAUUUGUCAAAGAUGUCUGGGAAAUGAAAUUUGGCAUAGAUUAAAGACAGCUACUGAUACUCGAACACAAGAUGUAAUGAAUGACAUUCAAAUGCUAGUACAAUAUUAUAAUAUUGCUGUUGAUAAAUUGAUCAAUAUCAUUACAGAUGAGGAUCUAUUCAAUUAUCCAUCAUUUCCUGUGGAAUUUAAAGAUUAUUUAGAUAGCACAUCGCCAUAUCCUAAGCCAUAUGAAUUUAUUCCUAGUAAUGUAAAACAUACUGAUAAUAUAAAUGCUGUAAAAAAUAUUAUGAAUAACUUAAAACUGUGUGUUCCAACUUCUACACAGUCUCCAAAAAGCGUUCUUAACAUGCAGGAUCAAGUUCGUCAGUACUGUAAUCAGAUAGGUUGGUUUCAGAAACCAGAGUCGGUAAAUUGUAAUGUUGUGUCGCUUUUACCGCAAGAGUUCCAUGAUAAUAAUAUACCAUGUGAUCAAUUUAUAGACUUUUUUGAACAAUAUAAUGUAGUUGAUAUUGUCAAUAUAAUUGUAUAUGAUAAAAUAAACAUACUAAAAAAUUUUGAAAAUCGGUACGUCAUUUAUGAUAAAACAGUUAUGGAUGACUACCAUAAUGUAAACUGGUUAUAUGAUAUUGACAUUAUAACUUCCUUAAAACAUAAGACUGUUGAAUAUGAAGAUAAUUUGGAUUAUUACAUAAAAGCGAAACGUCGUAAAUUGAAUGAAUCUAUAGAACUUCUACAAUUGGAAGAUAAGGAUUAUAAUAUGGUUGAAAAAUCUAUACAAGCUGCAGAAAGAAGUAUAUCUGAAUGCAAUAAACAUAAAAAUAGCGUAAUAGAACUUGAAAAAGAACUUGAUGAAAGAAAAAAGAAAUCUGAAGAGUUGGAAAAUGUACUAAGAGCAGCCCUAAAUAACGUUUAGCCAUAAUAAUUAUGAUCCUAUUCUUUUUGAUGUAUUAUUAGGUAUUGUAAUACAUGGCAAAUAAUAA